AUAUAAAGUUUUUCUUGUUCCCGAAUACAAAUAUUUUUUUAAGUAUUUGUUCGAAAUAAGUAUUCGUAAAAAACACAUUAUUUGUGCCUUUCCGAAUACCGUAUUCGGGUUCGGCUCCACCCCUAGUCCAUAUAUACUGCAGUCAUACAUUAUGUUAUACUUUGGGGGCAGUGUGUGGCUCAGCAGUGCCUGUGAUUGGAAGGUCGCCGGUUCGAGCCCGGCAUCAGCAGGAUAAUCACAUCUGUGGGCCCUUGGGCGAGGCCCGUAACCCCCAGCUCCAUGGGCGCCGCUGCAGGUGGCUGCCCUUCACUGGCAAACUUCUCUCAUCUACGUGUGCCUGUGUAUCAUGGCAAGCAAGAUGGGGUAGGCAAAGAGAGCUUCCCCACAAGGCAUGAAGUGUAUUAUGUACUUGCAGCUACCUGAUACUUUUACUUUUGAUGAUACAUAAUUAAAACAAACCUCAUCAAUCUGCUACAUGUAACACAGAAAUUAAAGUUAAUGUAUUGCAACUGCAGGCCACACUAUGUUCAGACAGCGUAUGGGGCAAUAAAAAGGUGGACACACCAUGAAACUGAUACAAAGGAGGAAGACAUUGAUACCUCUGCCAGAGCGCAAACUUAAAUAUUAAUGUAAAUAAAUGAUGUAGAAAACAAAGUGGAUUGAUUUGUUUCCCAAGGACCUGGAAGCCACAGGACCUUGUGAUUUAAAUAUGUGACAAGGCGUGACAGGGUGGUGCUGUUGACUUACAUGUCCAGGGUUGGGGGUUUGAAUCCCACCUCCACCCUGGGUUUGUUCUACUUCUGAGUUUCCUCCCACAGUCCAAAGGUGUGCAUUUAGGCUAAUUGGUAUAUUAAAAUUGCACCUCCUGUGUGUGUGUGUGUGUGUGUGUGUGUGUGUGUGCUCGCCUUAUGGUGAACUUGUAUCCCAACCACUGUGUAACUCGUCCAUCUUCCCUAUAUCACCUGGGACAGGGAAAUUAAAGAUACAGUAACCCUGGAAAAUGUUCCACUCAGAAACAGGCCAUCACAGUUUUCUGAAGUUUUUCUAUUGGAUAAAAUAGCACCCCCACCCCCUCCCGUGACUAGAAUAAGCAAUUAUUAAAUAGAAUAGAAAUGGCUUCUUUUUCAGAGAAUAACAAUAAUUCCUUACAGUAAAUAAGUCAUUAAGUAGUGUGUAUCUUUAUGUGGCGGUAUCUCCUGUCAUACUCUCUCCAGGUUUCCUCUCUCUUCAACAUUCUACGGACCAAUAGCACUGUCUGUAAUAGUUUCAAAUUUAAAUUGAUUUUUAUUUGUUUGUUUAUUAAAUAUUUUAUUUGGUCAUUAGCUGGAACAAAUAGCAGAUUAGGGUGAUUCGAUCCUCUUGAUAGAUUAUUGUUCAUUACCUGAUUAUUGAAUUGUAUUUGAUGUUUGCUGUUUUAUCCAAUAAAUAAACUUGCGAAAAGUGUGCUGGUCUGUUUGCCAAAUAUUCCCUCAGCUUUGAGUAAUUCAGGGUUACUGUAUCUUUAAUGUUUAGGACCGUAUCCGUUUUAAAAGAGAAGGAAUCAGGUUUUCUAUGACCAAACCAGCGAAUUGGAAUCGAAGGCGAUCCGUCCUCGCAUUCUGAUUGGUUACUCUGUGCGUCAACCAAAUCAGUAUCUCCGACCCCCUACUGUUUUUUUAAAAUGCAAUUUAAAUACCUGGUAGGGCUGGAUGUUUCUGCCGUGUUUAUCUGGGCGCCUGCGAGUGUCUGAGGAAUAACAGCCGGAAUGUGACCUCCGCGGAUCUGUCUUUAUUGUGGCCAAGAUGUUUACGUCCAGAAAAGUGAAAGAAGGGCCGCGAUUGACACCGAAAUACCGUUAUCCGCUGGUAGUGUCGUUGGCUGAGUAUCACCGCCGGAUCGAUGCGCUAAACAGCGAAGAUCUCCGUGCUCUCUGCAGGCGUCUUCAGAUAUCCACCAAGGAAGAGAUUAACUCCAAACAUGGAACCAACACCAAGUCUGAGCUGGAUCCGGAGACUUUCAGACCCAACCUGAGUGAGCCUAGCACCCUGCUGGAGCCAGAGCAGAUAGAGAAGCUUGCUAAGAAUCUCCCUCCCAGGACCAUCGGCUACCCGUGGACGUUGGCGUUUGGCACAGCCAAGCACGGCAUGAGCAUAAAGACCCUGUAUCGUGCCAUGCAAGGCCAAGACACGCCAGUGCUCAUGGUCAUCAAGGACAGCGAUGGCCAGCUCUUUGGUGCGUUGGCAUCAGAGCCUUUUAAAGUCAGUGAUGGCUUCUAUGGGACGGGAGAGACCUUUCUGUUCACCUUCUGUCCCGAGUUUGAGGUGUUCAGAUGGACAGGAGACAACAUGUUCUUCAUCAAGGGAGACAUGGACUCGUUAGCAUUUGGAGGUGGAGGAGGGGAAUUCGGUCUCUGGCUCGACGGAGAUCUCUACCACGGCAGAAGUCACUCGUGCAAAACCUUUGGCAACCCCAUGCUGUCAAAGAAAGAGGACUUUUACGUGCAGGACAUAGAGAUCUGGUCGUUCGAGUAAUGAACUGACGGGAUGCUCGGGGGAAGACGAGGACGCCGCCACCGUGCGAGGGGAUCGCGUCGCAACCAAAGCCUUGACGUUCCAAACCUGACUGCUCAUCACCUUGGCUCUCCCCAGGCUCGCCCUGAAAGCAUAACCACCCUGUCGACUGCCACGUUUGGUCUCACUGUGCAGGGAACACGCGUGCACGCAGAUUGGGAGAGGUACGGGACAGUGCUGGGGAGGGGGUGGCUGGGCACUGUUCCCGCUUUGGCCCUACAGGAGGAAGGAUCGUCGACGCAUUUGCGCCCCCUGUAUGUAGAUGAUGGCAGCGCAGGUUUGGGACUCGGGUACAGGCGCAUGGGCAGAGCAGGGCAGAGGCAACUCAAAGGUCCAGACUUCUGUAGCUGUGUGAGGUGUCCUUGACUGGCCCGACAUAGGAACCCCAACACGUUCUAGGCCUUAACAGAAGUUUUAAGCAUACCUAUUCCCUCGGUCUCUGAGCAGAGGGACCUGAAAGGAGCAUAGGUUUUGGGCGCGUGACACUAGAAGUAUCGGCAGGACAGGGUACCACAACCAGGCAUGGUUUCCGCAUCACCAGGUUCUUCAGAAGCGAAAUGUAGACUACUGUGUAUUAUAGUCGUCCUGUUGUUCAGCCUUUUAGCACACCAUCGUGAAGCACAUAGCUAUAAGAAUACCCAUAGUCGUAACGUUCCGUUCAGUGGGUGUACGUGUGAGUCCGGCCAACGCCAGCUUCGCCCUGGGGCUGCGUGUGCUGUUUGUAGACAGUAACGUGUUGCAAUAGAUUUGUGGAAUAUGCAAAUUACUGUCAUGUGACCUCAGAUAACACAGGUGGGAGUUCUGUCGACCUGUUCUUUCAGAGAACGUUGUAAGGCUUUUACGUCUUAACUAAUGAUUGCUUUUCUGGGUAAAAUUUGAAAAGCCUGAGAUUGUUUACUGUUUUCCACUAAUGAAAAUUUAUGUAUUUAUAUAUAUGAUUAUAUAUAAAUAUAUAAUUAUAUAUAUAUAUAUAGCUGUUAAGUGUGACAGUGAUCUUUUUGUGCUGAUAUUUCAGCUGUUACAAAUAUAUUGUAUAUUACCCUGUAAAUUAAUGUUAAAUUAGUAGAUUUGUUCCUAUAUAUACAUAAAUAUAUAUAUAUAAAUAUAUAUAAAAUAUAUAAAAUGUUGAUUGGUGAGUUGCUUAUAGCACUUUAGUAUACAAGCAUAAUAUCAGGUCCCUAAGGUUAUUCAUUGAUAGCUGUACAUUACAUUUAUUAUAAUAAUUUUUUUAAGGUUAAGAAAGCUUGCUGCUACCAUAUCUGAUAGUGUGGGUCCAUGCUCUGUCACAGAAGGGAGCAUUUAUCCGUGCUGAGUGAGGGGGGGGGGGGGCGCCAGGCGCGGGUCCUCCUAUUGCCACGUGUGUGUGUAUCGGCCCAUCUGGGACGCGGGGGUGUAAAUAGUCUAUUCAGCGGCUUUCUCCCCCCUUUCUGCUCUUCCACAGCAGUACCUGUGUACUUGUGGAGUCAGAGAACUACACAAAUAAGCCCUCGAAUUACUUCACCAGAUUACUAUGUAACAGUGAUGUAUAAAUAACAAUAGGAAAUGAAUAAAUUGUUGUACGACCUCUGA